GCUUCAAAUGUGUGAGGUGUAGCAAGGGUGUUCUGGAGAUGAAAUUUGCUUUACUUUGAACUUUUCGAAUUUUAUUCUUUUUUUUUUAUCACUUAUCAAAGCCUUGGAUAGGUUAUCUUCCCAUCUGGCAUUUCAUACUCACCAUCUUGUGUUCGGGUAAGAACCUUUCAGUUUCUAUUUAGUGUUGUUUUUAACUAUGGCUGAAGAAAAGGGGGAUACAGAAGAACAAAAAAGUGGGUCAGAUGAAAAGAAAAAUGCUCAAGAUACUGAAACAAAUUCCUCAAAUAGUUCACCAAAAGGCAGACGCCUUUCUACGUCUACCAGCAGUGCCAAGUCUGGACUCUGUCGUGUGAGACUUCUUGAUGGGACUGAUUAUGAGUCUGAAACUGAUCGCCGGGCGAAAGGUGGUGAAUUGUUCGACAAAGUCUGCGACUCUUUGAAUAUCAUGGAAAAAGACUACUUUGGAAUUACUUAUCGAGACAGUGAAGAUUCAAGAAGCUGGUUGAACUUUGAUAAAAGAAUAAGCAAGCAGAUCAAAAAUGCUCCGUGGGUGUUUUGUUUUGAAGUUAAAUUUUAUCCUCCUGAUCCUGCUCAAUUGCAGGAGGAUAUAACAAGGUAUCAACUAUGUCUUCAAAUAAGGAAUGAUAUUUUGUGUGGGAAGCUGCCGUGUUCAUUUGUAACUCAUGCACUUCUUGGUUCAUACUUGGUACAGUCAGAACUAGGAGAUUAUGAUCCUGAUGAACAUGGAAAUAAUUAUUUAUCUGAAUUUCGCUUUGCACCAAAUCAGACUCCUGAACUUGAAGAAAAAGUAGUUGAAUUACAUAAACAGCAUAAAGGCCAAACUCCAGCCGAAGCUGAGCUUCAUUAUUUGGAAAAUGCAAAAAAGUUGGCUAUGUAUGGUGUAGAUUUACAUCAAGCAAAAGAUUCAGAGGGCAUUGAUAUCAUGCUUGGCGUUUGUUCUUCUGGUUUACUGGUUUACAGGGAUCGACUACGAAUCAACAGAUUUGCGUGGCCUAAAAUUUUAAAAAUUUCAUACAAAAGAAAUAAUUUUUACAUCAAAAUUCGACCUGGUGAGUUAGAACACUUCGAAAGUACUAUUGGUUUCAAAUUGCAAAAUCACAAGGCAGCCAAACGAUUAUGGAAAGUUUGUGUUGAGCAUCAUACAUUUUUCAGAUUGAUGACUCCAGAGGUUCCCCCUAAGCCAAAACUUUUCCUUCCUCGCUUUGGUUCCAAGUUCCGGUAUUCUGGUAGGACCCAGUACCAAACGAGACAAGCCAGUGCUCUAAUAGAUCGUCCACCUCCGCAUUUUGAGAGAACCUUAAGCAAUAAAAGAUUUGCAUCCAGGAGUAUGGAUGGUGCCCCAGGCUACUCUAGAGAGCGUACCUCUCCAACUGAAAGACCAGACGAAAGCAAGCGCCACACUCUUUCAGGUCCUCCUAGCCAAGGGUACCCCAGUGAUGAGAAAAUGGAUGACCAGUCCACCUCCUUAACAACCACUCCCGAAGAGGUCUCUCGAUCAGAAAAGAUGAAGGAAUUGGAAGCAGAAAAGAAGCGGGAAAGUAAAAAACCAAUAGGUGGUAUAGCCGUCAUGUUGCCAAUGGACUUGCCAAAAGGAGGUUCUAGAGGUAAAUCCCCUAUACCCCCAGAAACAGUUGAUAAAAUAGAAGUGAAAACUUUAAGUCAAGAACCUUACAAAAAGGGAAUAGAAGAGUCCAGGAAUAAAGUUUCAGCUUCUCCAACUGCAAAGACUGUAACUCCCUCAAAAACGGAGGAACAUAUAGUUUUGCGAGACAGGAACAAAGGGCAAGAUGACCCUCAGAGACCAACGUCUCUUUUUACUGGAAAACCAACACCCUACACGAAAGAAUACAUCUACGAGGUCAAUGCCAAUGAACAAAAAACGCCAUUCAGCCCUGCUGAUCAUGGAUUUACGUAUGAAGGCCAGAAAAGUGGAAAUAUUUCUCCUGUUCCUGCGGAGACUAUUCUGCUGGAGACCUCGCCAGGAAGUAAAAGAGCGAAAGGUCUCGCAUUUACUUACGCUCCUCCAGAAGUGGAAAACGAUAAUUCACAGUGUGAAGUAAUUUUACCUGCACAGCAGGUCAUCACCGAGGAAGAUAACAGAGUUCAAGACGUAUCUUCAGAGUGGAAUGACACCACAAUUGAUGAGUCACUAAAAUGGGACGAUUCCAAAGAUGAUGAGAUGAUAAAAAAUAAAGAAAAUUUGGAAAUAACUGAAAAGAGUGAACAGAAAUCGAAAUUGGGUCUUUCAAUGUUCAUGAAGAAGGAUAAGAAGAACAAAAAGCAAGACGAUAAAGUUAAAGAGAAAGAGGAGAAAGAACGGAAGGAAAAAGAAGACAAGAAGAAAGGGGAAAAGGAUAAGAAAAAGCAUAAAGAGGAAAAGAAAAAUAAAUCUAAUAAAUCUACAGAAAAUUCUCCAAAUAAAAGGGACUCUGCUGUUGAAGCCGACUUGCAAGUUGAUGAAAUUGUUGUUGCUGCUGCACCUGAGAACUUGCAGAACUUGAAGGAAAGUGAUGAGAAAGAAGUGAGAAUUAUUUCUGAUGAAGAAGAAAAAGCUGUUAAGGAUGAAAUUGAAAAAGAGAAAAAAAUAAGACUGUCAUUUAGUAAAAAAGGUAAAUCUAAAGAAGUAGAGGAUGCAGAAAAUAUCAAAAUUUCAAAGGAGGAUUUGAAGAAACAGAAAGAAUCAGAAAGAAAGUUGAAAGAAGCAAAAGAGGAGGCUAAGAGGAAAGAAAAAGAGGAAAAGGAAUUAGCUAAGAAAAAAGCUAAAGAAGAAAAGAAAUUGAAAGAGAAAGAAGCAAAAGAGAAAAAGUUAAAAGAAAAAGAAGCUAAAGAAAAGAAGGCCAAAGAAAAAACAGAAAAAUCAAAAACAAAAUCAGACAGCAAGCUGGAUAAAAGUGCAAAACAUUCCUCACCAGAAAAAGACAAAAGCAGUGACUCUCCUGAAAAAUCCAAAACCAAUGUCUCUGAAGAAGAAAAUAGACCCGCAAAUGAUUCUGAAAAUAUUAAAGAGAAGGAAACUCAAUCUAAAAGUAAGGAAAGUUUAACUAAGGACUCAAAAUCGAAGAAAUCAAAAAUUUCGCUAUCAAAAAUUGUCAAAAAGAAACCUAAGAAAGACAAAGGCAAACAUUCAGAUGCUUCGUCUAUCUCAAGCAGUUCAUCAGCCGAUUGCAUGGUUGAAUAUGCUUCAAAUGUAACCGCUGAUAACAUGGCAGAUACAGAAGGCUUAGUAACUUCAACACCUAAUCGUCCCCUAAAAUCAAAUACUGACUCUUUUCCUGCUGAUAGUUCCAAAGACUUUUCCUUCAGCUCUGAAACUGCUGUGUUAGAGCUCGAUCGUUCGCCAUUUUCAAGCCCAGGAAAAAAGCGUCUCCAUAAAGGGCCAGAUCAUGCUUCAGAGAAGAAACAAACAGAGACAGAAAAAUAUAAGGGACCAACUUUAGUUACUGAAUCUUCUUCCUCGGCAACAAGUUCUAUGACAACGACGAUGAGUAAGCAGAUUGCAGGAACUGAAGUUACAACAUCUCCUGAUAAAGGUGUAACAUCAACAAAAACUUCUAAAACCAGCAUGGACCAGGAGAAGACUGUUACUCAAAAAGUAACCAAGAGUACAAGAGUAAUGACCGGAACAUUGGAAGAUGUACAGUCUGCUAUAGUGAAGACUGAAGCCAUCAAAUAUGAUCCAAGUACAGUAAAUAAUUCUCAGCACAGUACGACUUCUGUUCCUCUGGUGGCAACAGAGACCAGGAAAGUCAACUACCCUGUGCCUCCCCCUCCUCAGUUUGAGUCUGAAGGUGAAAUUCUGCCUUUGUCUGAGGAUGGGGAAAUAGUCAGUUCCUCAACAGUCUCCAGUAAAACAAAGACUGUUGAGACUAUUACGUAUAAAAUGGAAAGAGACGGUGUGGUGGAAACUCGCGUUGAACAGAAGAUUACUAUUCAAAGUGACGGCGACCCAAUCGAUCAUGACAGGGCUCUUGCUGAAGCUAUUCAAGAAGCAACUAUGAUGAAUCCAGAUAUGACUGUAGAAAGGAUAGAAAUUCAACAACAAUCCAGCUCUCAAUGAUUUUUAGAUUGCUUUGCACAAUUAUUUGAAAAUCAAUCGCUUUGCAUCGACUGGAAAUCACAGAGCAUGGCGAUCACGAAAAGUUUAUCAUCAGCAAGAGUUGGUUAUAGCUUGUCUGCGCAAAUGGCUUACUGUGAUUGGGGAUAUAUCUGCAUUUUUUUGUUUUGUAUAUAAAUUGUUUUACCCCCGCAGACUAGAAUGGACGGUGUUUUAAAAUCCUUCAUUCGGGUUUCGGGUAUUUUACUUGUUGGACGUAAGCUGAUUACCAAUCUUCUGUGUUUCUGUAAUUAAAUCUUGAUUUUAAAAAAAUUACAUCAUUGUUGUUUAAACUAAAUUGCGGUUUUAUUCAAAUUGGUAAAUCAAUCAAGGCAUGUUUUAAUCCUUUGCACUCAAGGACUUUCUGACUUGGGCAAAUCAGCAACACAAGAUGACCAAUCAAGCAGUGAGAGUUACUUCUCGAGUGCAAGGGUUAAAAAUAUAAUUGUUAAGAAACGAAAGAUUGGUAUAUUUGCGAAUUCAAGUACAUACAAUUUUGGGAAAAUUGGUGUACUUCAUGAAGGCAUAUUUAGUAUGCUCCAUAUUAAAGUGUAUUUCUUUUUUUUGAAUUUGCAUCACAUUUUUUUUAUUUGUCAAAAAUGUUUCAUUUUGUACAAAUGAGCAAUGUUAUGCAUUUUUUGGGUGCAACUGAGCUUAUGGUAUUUAGAUUUGAAAUUAUCCCUUUGUUAUUUUCACUUUUUAUAUGACUACGAUCUCAGUAAAAUGUGGUAUAGAUUACAUUUAUUGAAUCUAGAACAUUUACCUUUCAUUGUGUAUGAAAGGACAUUUUCAGUAUCAUCUCUCCAUUAUAUGAAGCCUAAUACAAAAUUUUCUAGAAAAGAGGAUAGUAACAGGCAAUAUUGUAGCAAAAUCGUUUUGUGCUCCUACAUAUGCCUUCUCAUUCACUCUACAUGUUUACCUACUUAUUGUGUUUGAUAAUUUUAAAAAAUUAAGAAAUUUUAAAAGUUUCUUUAAAAAUUUUUUUUUCUACAUUAGUAGUACUUAGAUUUUAAAAUAUUUAUUUUAAAUAUGCAAUAAUUUUACCCGAUGGCUGUCUAUUUGUCAUAAUUGUUUCAUUAUAUAUAUUAUUGUCAUUUCAACCCUUCGUAAAAAGGCAGCUUUGUAGUAUUUUUUUUUCUUUCAAAUUUUACUAAUAAUUGUGUGUGAAGAUUUUUCUUGAACUUAAUCAUCAUAAGUUAAAUUAUGUAAAUUCAUGCAUGAUGAUAGAAUGAACAUAUUUCUUUACAAAUCAAAGUUGAAUCUGGCAAGAAUGUGCUUAGUAAAAAUAUUGUUAUGUGGAUAUAAAGUGAGAAUUUGAUUUGUUGAACCUUAAUUUACAUUAGGUAAACUUAUCAGGGUGUUUAUGAUGAUUAGUUUGAAGAAUUAAAGCUAAACUUAAAAAAAAAAAAAAGGAAAUUGAAUGAAUGUUGCAUAUUGUAUAGCAUUCAAAUCUGACUUUCUUUUGCCCAAUAAAAAUACAGCAUAUGCUAUUACACAAAAUUCUGUGUUUAUGCUGUUAAUUCAUGCAUGUUUUUAAAAGGUAGGCAAAAUAAAUUCUACAUUCUAAUAUUUUAUUUCAUGUAAAAAAUAAAAAUUUUUAAAAAAAUGCUUGAUUGGAAGACAUUUUAAUAAAUGAACAAAUUAAAAGUUUUUUGCAGUAAAAAAAUACACCUGACAUAUUCGUAUUUAUAGUUGCAACUUCCCAGAUGUUGUCGAAUGGCUCUAAGAGUUUUAAAAUGUGUUUCUUGGGAAACCUAAUAUAAUUGUUUGUAGCAUACUAAAAUUUUAUCUUCUGACAGUAACCAGCAUGAUAGAUAACUUAUUCUGAAAAUCAUUAAGUUUUGUUGCUCAAUAAAAUAUAAUCACAAAUAAUUACUAUUCAGAAAACUAGUUAUCUGUAAUUCGUUUGUCCUUUUAUUAUGAAGUUUUCCUUUUAUUGCAAUUUAUUCUGCUGAAAUCAAUAAAGAAAUAAAAUUUAUUUACUUAAACAUAUAAAUCAAGUUUUGACCCAAGGCUGUCUGUCUAUAACUGAAUUGAGCAUGAGGAAAGUGACUUAAAAUGAAGAGUCUGUAACAAUUCUUCUCACUUGUGCCUACUGUGUCGAAAAAUGAAGGGAAUGAACGGCAAAAAGAAAAUUGUUAUAUUGUAAAGUAUCCUUUAUAGAGAAAACUGUAUAGAAAAUAUAUGCUAAUAUAUGAUUAUUCAAAUUGUUAAAUUUGCCUGAAUGAGAAUGUAUAACAAAAUAUUAUAUACUUAAUGUCUAUGGAGUUAUAUAUGGGUGUUGUUAAAAAUAAUUUCAAAUCAAGAUUUUUUUCAUCUAUUGUUAUUUAUUAGGUUGGGCAUGUCCAUUCAAAAACAGUGCCUCUUAUGUGUUUUCUGAACAUGGAAAGUUUCAUCUGGACUUAAAACUAAACUGCAUUUAACAAAAAUAUACCAAUGGUUUUGUGCACAUGCGCUAAGUGACUCCUUCUGUCAAACAUUUUCAAAGACUCCUGUUACAUUAGACAAAUUUGUGAUUAAAUUUGCGAAACCUUGGUUAUUAUGUAUUAAAAACAUACCUCAACAUUUUGUAAUUGGUUUACGAGUUACAUUCCAGUCCAUUAUACACUUACCCCAUUUUUCAAAAAAGGUCACUUGUCACAUGUUUGCACUAAGCCACUAAUAUUAGGUUGAUAUUUAAAUUACUUUUAUAAAAUGUGGAACAUUUGAAAUAUAAAAGGACUAUCAAGUGUAGUUGUUACUAAUUGAUACAGCUUGAAAAAAUAUCUUGUUCCUAAAAGUUUAUAUUUACAUGUCAGCUGUCUUUUGUUUUGUUGUAUACACAAGACAGCCCAAUAAGUCUGAAAAUUGCUCAGAGAGUAGGUAUUUUAGUCAUCAAGUAACUUAAAUGACUUAAAUGUGUGAUAAUGUUUCAUCAUAGUUUAUAUGUUCCAUUUCAAGUUAGAUGUUCUUGAGCAGCUUUUAAAUUUUAGUAUGUAUAUUGUUUUAUUAUUUUAACAUUUUCUUUUUAAAUUCACUCAAAUUUCCCAGGACAUGCUGCUUCGUUAUUAUGCACAUAGAACCAUUAAAAAAAUCAUUGACAGAUUCUAUUGUGUAUUUGAAUUGUUUAAUUAUCAUUUUAAAAAUAAAAAAGAGUUUUAUUAGAUA